AUGAGGCUCACCCGUGACGGACAACUGUUGGAAGGCAAACUCGCAUAUUUUGCGAUGAAGCUCUACAUUCUGCUCACGGAUAGCUUGCGCCUCUAUCGUUCCUUCCGAGGUAUGUAUCGUCUACUACUACUGUGUAGCGCUGCCUUGAGCACAACACGCUGUGCUAAACGUGCUCGUUUGGAAUCCGACCAUUGGCUACAGCCACGUUCGACUAUCCUCUCACCAAUAAUGGAUUCUCGUGUUGAGAUGGUAGGGCACACUUCGUCGAUUCUGCAGAUACCGUACGAAUCCAAAUACAUGGAUCACGAAGGGUAUUCGAAGCUGGAGGUUAAGAGCUCCUCGUUCUGGGAAGUACCAACCCAAGGACGCUCUAUGAGUGUGAGCGAUUUCGAAGGGUUCGUCAGGAACAUGCAGAGCUUGUAUCGAGGU